GCCCGCCGCCCGCGGGGCCCGGCCCAGGCUGCCCGCCCGCGGGCUCCCGGCACCUGUGGCGGCCGGCGGACCCCGGCCGGGCCCGCGCUGCCCCGGGCUGAAAAGACACCGGUGGCACCCGGCCCCGCCGACCUCGGGCUGGGUCGUCCACCGGGGCCGCCCUCGGGGCCGCCCCGUAGACCUCGGCGCCCGCGAUGGUCCCGCACGGCCGGCCCUGAGCCCCGCGCUGGUUGGGGGCUCGGCCUCCUCCAGCCCCCACCCCAGGGAGCCGACACCAACUUCUGCUCUUGAACUCCGCUCUGCCCGCUUCUUUUGGCCCAGCGCAACCUCGGCAACCCAGACCGCGGCCGACCCUCCUGAGUGCCCAGAAAGGCCCCCGGGUGGCCUGGCGCCUCCCCGGCUCUUUCUGGAUGGAGGCUCCUCAGGAAGGUGCUGGCUGAACGCUUUGGCCUUCACCUUCCAGCCCCUGCUGACCACACCUCCCCUAGUGCAGAGGCUGCGUGAGGAGCAGGAAAUGCUGUACCAGCUGGCUCCCUGGGGUCUCCGUCUGACUGCCAGGAUGGAGGUAGGGCCGGCAACCAAGACCUUCGUGCUGGAGCUUCGGUGUCUUGAAGAUGGGGGCUCAAGGCCUGACACCCUCUCAGGUGGCAGCGGUGGGAGUGAGAGUCAGGAGGAGGAAGAGGCUCAGGAGAGGAGCAGUAGCCCACCGCGGCCAGCAGUCUCAGCCCCGAGGGGGGCCGGUGCAACCGCUGAGGGAGCCCCGCCAGAACAGCAGGAGUUGCAACCCCGACAGUUAGAACAGCAGCCAGAGCUGCAGCAGCAGCCACAGCAGGAGCAGCUGCAACAGCUGCAGCCACGAGACGAAGGGUCAGGACCUCAGCCAAACUCGCAGCGGCAACAGCAGCAGCAGGGCAGGCAAGAGCGGCUGCCUCGACCACAGCCGGAAAACCCCCAACCUGUGCGACAGGAGCCCCUGAAACCACAGCUGCAGCUGAUGCAACAGCAGAAGCAGUCACAGGAGCAGCACAUGCAAGAGCACCAGCUGUCACAGCAACAGCAGGAACAGCUCCAGCAGCAGCAAGAUGGGCAGCAGCAGCUGCCUCGGCAGCGGCAGGAACUACAGGAAAAUCCCCAAUCUGUGCGCUAUGAGCAGCGGAAACCACAGCCGCAGCGGCUGCAACAGCAGGAACAACCACAGGAGCGGCAAGCGCGGGAACAGCAGCUGUCACAGCUACAAUCACAGCAGUUGCCACCGCAGCAGCAGUUACAGCAGGAACAGUCACAGCCGCAGCAGCAGGAACAGUCACAGCCGCAGCAACAACAGUUACAGCCGCAGCAGCAACAGUUACAGGCGCAGCAACAACAGUUACAGCCGCAGCAACAGUUACAGCCGCAGCAGCAACAGUUACAGCCGCAGCAACAGUUACAGCAACAGUUACAACCGCAGCAGGAACAGUUACAGCUGCAGCAGGAACAGUUACAGCCGCAGCAACAGUUACAGCCGCAGCAGGAACAG